AUGGCUGCCAUAACAAUGCGCGGAUCGCCUGAUCUAGCAAAUGGCAGCUCCAACCCUCACGCCGCCAACGGAGCGCAAAGAGAUUCUGGAAGGCGCAAUCGCAAAAACGCCAAUGCCUCUAACGUAGAAGGCUAUGAGAACGAGACAGACUAUGACCCGAAGACACCUCAUACCAGGCCGUCCUCAGCCAGAACCCGAGACCAGCCCGAGGGGAGUUUGAAUUAUACCACCCGCAAACCACUUCCUUUCUCAGCCUCAGAGCCAUCAGAGGAAUCUACCACACCGCGAGGUCUUCCACCAGCGUCCUAUCCUCCCAAAUCCAGCGCAGCCAUGCCGGAAAUUCAGAUUCAACCACCUGCGCCGGGUGUCUCUUCGUCUCCGACUCGGUCGAACACCACGCGUUCUACCUCGGCCAGUCAUUCACAACGAGACUGGGCAUCAGACCGAUCCCCUCUUCAAAAGUUGGAAGUUACUUUGACUGGAAUCAGCAAGGAAGAGAAGCGGGCGCGAGUCCAAGAGGCGGAAAUGAAAGCCCGAGAGCGCAUCGCGCGCAAGAAAGCCGAGCAGGAGAAAGCUCAAUUGAUGGCAGCAGUGGCUCGUGAGGCAUCAGCAAAACGGGGCCAACCAGAAAUCCAACCAUCCUCCGGCGCAACGAGAAGAAGAAGCGAACAGAGGGAUCCUCCAGUGGGAAAUGGCAUGCGAAACGGACAUGCGGCAGCACCACCGCAGCGACAACCUGGAAGCACGGCUGCGCGUCACAACAGCACGGUUCCUACAGAUUCUCGGUACCCAGCCAUCCAGCGCCCCGAUGAUUCCCAAUUUACACGCGCACAAGCCGCUAUCCCAUCAUCCGCCAAGAUUGGCAAUGUGCCAAGACGAUCGGUUACGGUGAGCGGACCUGCAGCAAGGCCGCAUCCUGCCAGCAAUAUCAGCCACAGUCGCUCGAUGUCUCAAGCAGGCCCUCGAGCUAUGCAGGUUCCUCCCGCAUUGAGAGCAGAGACAACCGGUGAACUUUUGACAGCACCUCGUACGCCCCAAGAUAGUGCCGAGUCACAAGUCAAGCCAAAGAAAGCAUCUGUGUCUUUCGAUGUACCGCCUCCCACACCCCCACCUGUCUUUGAGUGGAGGAAUGCGCAUCCUGCUCGGCUUGCGGCCCCCGACUUCGAUUUCCAACACUUUGAUAUGGAGCGUAGCAAAGCAUGGUGGGAGGGUGGUGGUAACAAAGAUCGCAGGAAGAGUAGGGCUUUACCUAAGAACUAUAAGUCUCCUGCUCAGAAGUUGACAGGAGUGACCGAGCACAAGAACUUCCAACCCAGUCUAUUCUUGCGAUGUGGUCCUUUGCUACGAUACACAGGUAUCAGACAAGUCAGAAUUGAUGGAGCCAGUGGCCCUAUUGACAAAGACAUAUGGCGAGGAUCUAUAAUGAUAGUCACAAAAGAUUCUCGCUCCUCUUACGACACUCCACCUACACUGAGACUAUUCUCUCAGCCGAUGGAUCUUCUCCCUCCCCCACCCGUGGAGAUCAGUCAUGAAGAUGGAAUGCAACUGGCUCCCGAAUAUGUUGACCCAACAGCGGGGCUCAUGAAAGUUGGUCGUGAUGGACGUCCCCUUUACGUCAAGCCAGUCGAACAUCUCGAGGAGCAAGUCGACCUCUCUUUUAUUGAGAACGACGAUGGUAUCUACGAGCUCUCACCGAGUAUGGUUGACUAUACCAGUGAAGGCAUCAAACAGCCUAUGCCUUCCAAUCGGAUGCAUGCCGUCGACGGUGAAACGGCGAGUCUGCACCGAGAUAUUCCGGGCGCCCGUCUAUAUGCAGACGCCGCAAGAGACGUCACCUUCUGGAGAUUCAAUCUGGAGAUUGAGCUUAGCCCAACGCAGCAGCGAAUUGCCUAUCGCAUUAACCAAGGACCUGCUUUGGGAUUCUGGGUUCCCGCAGCUGGCGAGUCAAUGAACAUCAUGUUCCACAGUGGUAAUGGGUUCAGCCCCUCUGCGGACUCUGACAAAGUCUGUGGCCCUGACCCUCUUUGGCGAGAUAUUCUCAAUGAGCACCAGACUCGUCCAUUCCAUGUGAUGAUUGGUGGAGGUGAUCAGAUCUUCAACGACUCUGUUAUCACAGAGUCGACGUUUUUCCAAGAAUGGCUCAAGAUCAAAAAUGCGGCGGACAAAUACGGGACGCCAUUCACCCCUGAGUUCCGUGCUGAGUUGGAGAUGUUUUAUCUUGAGCGCUAUGCUGCAUGGUUUUCACAGGGUCUGUUCUCGUUGGCGAACUCCCAAAUUCCCAUGAUCAACAUUUGGAAUGAUCAUGAGAUCUUUGAAGGAUUUGGCUCUUAUCAUGAUGAUUUCAUGCAGAGUCCCGUUAUUUCUGGAAUUGGAAAGAUUGCGUUCAAGUAUUAUUUGCUGUUCCAGCAUCACAGUGUGCCGGACGAGACCGAGAUGGAUGAACCCAGUUGGCUUCUCGGUGCUCACCCUGGUCCGUAUAUUGAACAGAGAAGCCGAAAUCUGUUCAUGUCUCUUGGCCAUGGUAUUUCGUUCUUGGGACUUGACUGCCGCACUGAGCGCCGAACUAAUGAGGUCCUUAGCGAAGAGACAUGUGACUUAUUGUGGGAUCGCUGUCACAGCGAGAUUAUGAAGGAAGAGACAAAGCACUUGAUUGUGCUUUCAAGUGUGCCUGUUGCUUAUCCACGAGUGGCAAUGCUCCGCAAGUUCACAAACAGCCGCAAAUCUCUCGGCAAGGCUGCAGUCUUUGAUGACUACUGGGCUGGCAAGCACCUCAAAUCCGAACGGACAUGGUUGGUUGAAGAUCUUCAGGAUUUGGCUGCGGAGAAAUCCAUUCGAGUCACAAUACUCAGUGGCGAUGUCCACCUGGCCGCAGUUGGACAAUUCUAUUCGAAUCCCAAGUUGGAUAUCCCUAAAGACCAGGAUUAUCGGUACAUGCCGAAUGUCAUUUCUUCCGCUAUCGCAGAUAUUCCAGAAACCGAUCUGGUUUCGGAUAUGCUCAACAAACGGAAUACCAUCCACCACAUGGAUUCGAACACAGACGAGGAUGUUAUCCCCAUCUUUACCCAGGAUGUCAACGGCAAGCCCCGAAAUAACAAACGCUUGCUGCCUCGGCGAAACUGGUGUUCGAUCCGGGAGUAUAAGCCCGGAUCUACUCCACCCGAAACGCCUGAGUCGGAAAUGACCGAAGUACCAGAGCCUCGGCCCAAUAAGUUGCAGCGAACAUUGUCGCUGGGUCGUGGGGAUAAGGGGGAUAAAGGGUCUACUGGCAAGUCUGGAAUUCUCAGACGCCUUUCCACCCGUGGGCCACCUCCAACGAGGACUAUGAGUUUCAGCCGAGGUGACGAGGACGAUUUCUAUCGACGUGCGAGCGUUGACGGCCAUACUCAACCCCACGAGAGCGCGGACAGUUAUUUCCCAGGCCCCGCUGCCCCUCCAGGACCCGGUAGUUUCCACCGCCGACCAACGAAUCUCAGUCAAAAGGCAGCGAAGAAAGCCGCCAAGCAGGGCAAUGAUGGUGCAGGCGCCUACAUCAACCUCGAAGGUGGACUAGCCAUUACAUUGAACCUGGAGAUCAGCCCACAAGACCCAUCGGGUGUUACCACACCCUACAAGUUGCUUGUGCCAGCACUGCACUUCAGUGGAACCGAAUAUGACCCGCCUCCAACACAGAUCGUCAAAGGCUGGAAAAAGUUCCUGCCCCGCCGCAAGAAGAAUAGAGGAGCCAAAACACAAUCUGAAGCCGAAGAAGACUUCACCGAUGACGAAGACCAAGAUGAUUAUGAGGACCAUGACCUUAUCAAUAAUACCCGUGCGAACGCCGUCACUAGCCAUCCUCAACCACACUAUGAGGGAUAUCCUGGGAGCGAGGAUGAGGAUUCUGAGGGCGAGGUUCCUCAACGCCUACCGCCGCAUAUGAUGGCUGAGCACUCUACAGAUGCUGAACAGCAUGGCCGUCCACGGAAAAAGUGGUUCGGCGUGAUCUAG